CGGCGGCUCGCGGCGAGAGUGACGGCUCCGCGGCCGAGCGGCUGUCUGGCCGAGACCUCGGCCCUCGCCUCCGCAGGCGCCCCUCGUGAUUAGUCUUUGUACCUUUCCACAUUUGAAGAUGGUGAAGCUAGAUAUUCAUACUCUGGCCCAUCACCUCAAGCAGGAGCGCUUAUAUGUAAACUCUGAGAAACAGCUCAUUCAGAGACUCAAUGCGGAUGUUCUUAAAACGGCAGAGAAGUUGUAUCGCACAGCAUGGAUUGCAAAGCAACAGAGAAUUAAUUUGGAUCGGCUUAUCAUAACUAGUGCUGAAGCUUCCCCUGCUGAAUGUUGCCAACAUGCCAAGAUUUUGGAGGAUACACAGUUUGUUGAUGGAUAUAAACAGUUGGGUUUUCAGGAAACUGCUUAUGGAGAGUUCUUGAGUCGAUUAAGGGAAAAUCCUCGUCUUAUUGCCUCCUCUUUGGUUGCUGGAGAGAAGCUUAAUCAGGAGAACACACAAAGUGUUAUUUACACCGUUUUUACCUCCCUAUAUGGCAACUGCAUUAUGCAAGAAGAUGAAAGCUACCUCCUUCAGGUUUUGCGAUACUUGAUUGAAUUUGAACUUAAAGAAAGUGACAACCCCAGACGCCUUUUGAGGAGAGGAACUUGUGCCUUCAGCAUCUUAUUUAAGCUUUUUUCUGAAGGACUCUUUUCGGCCAAACUUUUCCUCACAGCUACUUUACAUGAGCCAAUCAUGCAACUGCUUGUUGAAGAUGAAGAUCAUUUGGAAACUGAUCCAAACAAGUUAAUUGAGAGGUUCUCCCCAUCUCAACAGGAGAAACUCUUUGGGGAGAAAGGCUCAGAUAGAUAUAGGCAGAAGGUUCAAGAGAUGGUGGAGUCUAAUGAGGCCAAACUGGUAGCUUUGGUGAACAAAUUUAUUGGUUAUCUCAAACAGAACACAUACUGCUUUCCCCACAGUUUGAGGUGGAUCGUGUCACAGAUGUACAAAACCCUUUCCUGUGUAGAUAGACUGGAAGUUGGGGAGGUCAGGGCAAUGUGUACUGAUCUCUUGUUGGCCUGCUUCAUUUGUCCUGCAGUUGUCAACCCUGAACAGUAUGGGAUAAUUUCUGAUGCUCCCAUUAAUGAGGUGGCACGGUUUAACCUGAUGCAGGUUGGCCGCCUCCUGCAGCAGUUAGCAAUGACCGGCUCAGAAGAGGGAGACCCCCGGACAAAAAGCAGCCUUGGAAAAUUUGACAAAAGCUGUGUUGCUGCUUUCCUUGAUGUUGUGAUUGGGGGCCGUGCAGUGGAGACUCCUCCGAUGUCCGCCGUUAAUCCUCUGGAAGGGUUAAGCAGAACUGUGGUUUAUAUAACCUACAGUCAACUCGUUACUCUGGUGAAUUUUAUGAAGAGUGUGAUGUCUGGAGAUCAACUGAGAGAAGAUAGAAUGGCUCUUGACAAUUUAUUGGCAAACCUACCCCAGGCCAAACCAGGAAAAAGCAGCAGUUUAGAAAUGACGCCCUACAAUACUCCUCAGCUGUCUCCAGCUACCACUCCAGCCAAUAAAAAGAAUCGAUUACCUAUAGCUACUCGGAGCAGAAGCCGUACUAAUAUGCUAAUGGACCUACAUAUGGACCAUGAAGGAUCAUCUCAGGAAACUAUCCCGGAGGUACAACCGGAAGAGGUGUUGGUCAUUUCCUUAGGGACAGGUCCUCAGCUUACUCCAGGAAUGAUGUCAGAAAACGAGGUCCUAAACAUGCAACUUUCGGAUGGAGGACAAGGAGAUGUCCCUGUCGAUGAAAACAAACUCCACGGUAAACCUGAUAAAACCUUGCGCUUUUCCCUCUGCAGUGAUAAUCUGGAAGGAAUAUCUGAAGGUCCUUCAAAUCGCUCCAAUUCAGUGUCCUCUCUAGACCUGGAAGCAGAGUCUGUGUCAGAACUAGGAGCAGGACCUUCUGGGAGCAAUGGUGUUGAAGCUCUACAGCUGUUAGAGCAUGAGCAAGCAACAACACAAGAUAAUCUUGAUGAUAAGUUAAGGAAGUUUGAAAUUCGUGACAUGAUGGGACUAACAGAUGACAGGGACAUAUCAGAGACAGUGAGUGAGACCUGGAGUACAGAUGUUUUGGGAAGUGACUUUGAUCCAAACAUCGAUGAAGAUCGCCUACAAGAAAUUGCAGGUGCAGCUGCAGAGAACAUGUUGGGCAGUUUGCUCUGCCUCCCAGGCUCAGGGUCAGUGCUUCUGGACCCUUGCACUGGUUCUACAAUUUCAGAGACAACCAGUGAGGCUUGGAGUGUAGAGGUAUUGCCAAGUGAUUCAGAGGCUCCGGACCUAAAGCAGGAGGAGCGUCUGCAAGAACUGGAGAGCUGUUCUGGACUGGGCAGCACAUCAGAUGAUACGGAUGUCAGGGAGGUCAGUUCCCGCCCCAGCACACCAGGCCUCAGUGUUGUGUCGGGCAUAAGUGCAACCUCUGAAGAUAUUCCCAAUAAGAUUGAAGACCUGAGAUCUGAAUGCAGCUCUGAUUUUGGGGGUAAAGAUUCUGUCACUAGUCCAGACAUGGAUGAAAUAACUCAUGGUGCCCACCAGCUGACCUCCCCUCCUUCUCAGUCAGAGUCUCUGCUUGCCAUGUUUGAUCCACUGUCUUCACAUGAAGGAGCUUCUGCUGUGGUAAGGCCAAAGGUUCACUAUGCCAGGCCAUCACAUCCACCACCAGAUCCCCCAAUCCUGGAAGGAGCUGUGGGAGGAAAUGAGGCCAGACUGCCCAACUUCGGUUCCCAUGUUUUAACUCCUGCUGAAAUGGAAGCAUUCAAGCAGAGACAUUCUUACCCUGAGAGAUUAGUCCGCAGUAGGAGCUCAGAUAUAGUGUCUUCCGUGCGGCGACCCAUGAGUGACCCUAGCUGGAACCGUCGUCCGGGGAAUGAAGAGCGAGAACUCCCUCCAGCUGCAGCCGUUGGUGCUACUUCUUUGGUGGCUGCACCUCACUCAUCAUCUUCAUCUCCAAGUAAAGACUCCUCCAGAGGAGAGACUGAAGAACGCAAAGAUAGUGAUGAUGAGAAAUCAGACAGGAACAGACCUUGGUGGAGAAAACGUUUUGUUUCAGCUAUGCCUAAAGCUCCUAUACCAUUUAGAAAGAAAGAAAAACAAGAAAAAGACAAAGAUGAUCUGGGGCCUGACAGAUUCUCAACACUCACAGAUGAUUCCAGCCCUCGACUAAGUGCACCAGCUCAGGUCGCCGAGGACAUUUUGGACAAAUACAGGAAUGCCAUUAAACGGACCAGCCCCAGUGAAGGAGCAGUAGCGAACGAUGAAAGCACAGAGGUUCUGGGUGAUGGUGAGAGUGCACAUGAUUCUCCUCGGGAUGAAACGCUACAGAACAUCUCUGCCGACGAUCUCCCUGACUCCGCCAGCCAAGCAGCCCACCCUCAGGAGUCUGCUUUUUCUUAUAGAGAUGCAAAAAAGAAACUGAGGCUUGCCCUUUGCUCUGCGGAUUCCGUAGCCUUUCCAGUGCUGACCCAUUCAACAAGGAAUGGGUUACCAGACCAUGCAGACCCCGAAGAUAAUGAAAUUGUAUGCUUCUUGAAAGUUCAAAUAGCUGAAGCAAUUAAUUUGCAAGAUAAGAACUUAAUGGCCCAACUGCAAGAAACAAUGCGUUGUGUGUGCCGCUUUGACAACAGGACGUGUAGAAAACUGCUGGCAUCUAUUGCUGAGGACUACCGGAAAAGAGCGCCAUAUAUCGCCUAUCUCACUCGUUGUCGACAAGGCCUGCAGACCACACAGGCUCACCUGGAAAGGCUGUUGCAAAGGGUUUUGCGGGACAAAGAAGUAGCCAAUCGAUGCUUUACCACUGUCUGUGUGAGGUUACUGCUUGAGAGCAAAGAAAAGAAGAUUAGGGAAUUCAUUCAAGACUUUCAGAAACUCACAGCAGCUGAUGAUAAAACUGCUCAGGUGGAAGACUUUCUGCAGUUCCUGUAUGGCGCCAUGGCCCAGGAUGUCAUAUGGCAGAACGCAAGUGAAGAGCAGCUGCAGGACGCUCAGCUGGCCAUCGAACGGAGCGUGAUGAACCGGAUUUUCAAGCUGGCUUUCUACCCUAAUCAGGACGGAGACAUACUUCGUGACCAGGUUCUUCAUGAACAUAUCCAGAGAUUGUCUAAAGUAGUGACUGCCAAUCAUAGAGCUCUUCAGAUACCAGAGGUUUAUCUUCGGGAGGCGCCAUGGCCAUCUGCACAGUCAGAAAUCAGGACAAUAAGUGCGUACAAAACCCCCCGGGACAAGGUGCAGUGCAUCCUGCGAAUGUGCUCCACGAUCAUGAACCUCCUGAGCCUGGCCAAUGAGGACUCUGUCCCAGGAGCUGACGACUUCGUCCCUGUGCUGGUGUUUGUGUUGAUAAAGGCAAAUCCACCCUGUUUGCUGUCUACUGUACAAUAUAUCAGCAGCUUCUAUGCCAGCUGUCUGUCUGGGGAGGAGUCCUACUGGUGGAUGCAGUUCACAGCAGCAGUGGAAUUCAUCAAAACCAUCGAUGACCGGAAGUGACCAAGACUGAGGCCCACCAAGGGGGCAGACUGUCAGUUGGGCAAAUAGAUCUCUAAGAGAAUGAGCCAGCUGCUCUGAAGGCUGAAGAUUGUUUUUGUAUAGUACUGUACAGCAUUCAGACAUUUUAAGAUAGAUCUUUACUAAACAGAUGAAUGAGCUAACAAGCAGGUUCUCUUUUCUUUGG